GGUUGAGGUUGGGAUCCUUGAGGAUAAGAGAGAAACAGAGAAAUGGCAAUUCAACUGAACCACCUCUACGUAUCAACUUGGCAGCAAUUCCUCCUCACCUCCACAACAAGAAGACCACUUCAAAUUAGUGCAGUAAUGUCCAGCAAUGCGAAACAGCUAAUACAGUCGGGUGUGGUCCGGCCUAUAUCGGCAAAAGAGGCAGCCCCAGCCAUGAAGUAUGAAGGAUUUGUACUCUUGGACAUUAGGCCCGACUGGGAAAGAGAAAAAGCACGAGUUUCGGGGUCACUUCAUGUACCACUCUUCGUUGAGGACGAAGACUAUAGUCCCAUUACUCUUUUGAAGAAGUGGGUUCAUUUUGGGUACAUUGGGUUAUGGACUGGCCAAAAUUUCACUAUGCUUAAUCCUAAUUUUGUUCGGCAGGUGGAGCAAGCAGUUCCUGAUAAGGAUACUAAGCUUCUUGUAGCAUGUGGUGAAGGGCUGAGGUCGAUGAUGGCAGCUUCCAAGUUACAUGAAGGUGGAUACAAGAACUUGGGCUGGUUAGCAGGAGGGUUUAAUCGAGCUGCUGAAGAUGAUUUCCCUCAAGUUGAAGGGAAAGAAAAACCGCAAUAUGCUACAAUUGGGGGUUUAUCGUUCUACUUUCUAAAAUUGCUGUUGCUUUUCCAAGGCGCGCGUAAGAGUAGUUGAUUGACUCUUCCGAGGGUAAUUUGGAUAGCCUAUGUUUUAAAUUAAUUUUGUUGUUGGGCAACCAUGAACACGUUCUCAUGUAAUGUAUGUUUAACUUAGAGAAAGCCAACAGAAGAAAAUUUUCAGAUCCCAA